AUGGGUAACACAGUUAUAGAUGGUAUGAUCAUUCUUGCAACAUUCACAAAACAUUUUAAAGACGAAGACUUCUAAAGAAAUAGGAUUAAAUUUAUUUAUAAUUAAAUUAUGAAUUAAACAUUCUAAUAGAAAUUGGACCUUAAAUGUAAGGAACAUCCUGAAGAAUCUGUAAUUUUUUGGUGCAAAUCUAUUGAUUGUUAAGAAAAUAGGAUUUUCUGUAUUUUGUGCCAAAAAUUAUAAAAACACUACAACCAUUUCAACGAGGAUGUCGAUGUGAUUAAUAAAUUAAAUUAAUUUUUUAUCACUAAAUCGCAGAAUUUACAGAGUUUAUUAAGAGAAUGUAAAAUUUAAUAUUAAUCAACUCUUCUUUCUGCGAAAUAACUAAUUUCAGGGUUAGAAUACAAAUUCUGUGGAUUUGAAGAUAAAAUUAAUGAAUUCGACAUUAAUUAAGUAUUAAAAGCACUUGAAUCUUUUAUUUUGUUUGAUGAUAUGAAUGAUUAUAUAAGUGGUCAUAUAACAGGACCCUUGAAAAAAAUGUAGAACAUAUUUGAUAAUCUCUUUUCUCAAUUAAAACUACAUCUCAUAAACUAUUAAAUCUCUAAGUUCUAAAGAGAAAUAAAUAAGAAUGAAUAUCAAAAAAGUUGUCUUUCAAUUUAUUUUCUUUAGCAUUUUCUUUAAGUUUCUCGAAGAAAGAGGCUGAGGCAAUUAAAAAAUUAGAUGAGCUAUUGUUAAUUGAACCCUAUAAUUUGGAAAUCAUGUACUAAAAAGGUUAUUAAUUAUUUCUAUAUCCAGGAAAUUCAUUAGGUAAAUUGAACGAGUCUAAAAAAGCAUAUGAAAUAUACCUUGAUAUAAUUAAAAUCAAUCCUUAACACGAACUCUCCUAUUUGAAAUUAGGUAAUUUUCAUUUGUUUUCUAGGUGAUCUUUUAAGAGAUGAAAAGCUUUAUUACUAGGCUCUAUAAUAUUACAAUAAAUGUAUAUCAAUUAAUGAAAAUAAUUCAGCAGCCUUUUUUGGAAAAGGUUUUAAUUCUGUAUAUUACUCAAGGUGAAUGCUUAAGUGCGGAUAACUAAUAUAAUGAAGCUCUACUAGAUUAUGAUAGAGCAAUUAAGAUAAGCUCGUCUAACCAAGUUUAUUUAAUAUCAAAAGGUAAGGUUCAGUUUCAACAAUUAGGACAUUGUUUAAGAAAAUUAGAGAGAUAUGAAGAAGCUUUGAAUAUUUAUGAGAAAAUUUUAAAUUCUGAUUCUAAAAAUGCAGAGGCAUAUGCCGGAAAAGGUAAACUAGAUUUAAAUCAUCUAAGGUGAUUGUCUAAGAUUGUAAGGCAAAUAUUCUGAUGCCUAUUAAUGCUAUUAGUAAACAUUACAUAUUAAUCCAUAUCAAAAAGAUUUGUUUUGUUUGAUUGGUAAAUUAAAUUCAAUAAAUUAAAGGUGAAUGUCUAAUAUUGAGUGAUUAAUAUUAUGAAGCAAUAGAAUACUAUGAUAAAGUAUUAAAAAUUAAUUAAUAUGACACAGAUUCAUUAUAUUAUAAAGGUAUGCUUUAUUGAAUAUUUAGCAAUCUGCUUAUUUAAUUUAGGUUAAUAUAAUGAAGCAUAAUAAUAUUUGGUAACUGCAGAUUAACUAAUCCCUGGUAAUCAACCUAUUAAAGAUUUACUAUGUAUUUUCAUUUAUCUAAAUAAGUUAAAUGCGCCAAUUCACAAAAAAAAUGA